AAAGCCAUUAAGUUUGUUAUUAAACUUAUUAAAGUUUGCAUUAAAUUUUAAAAAUCAUUUACGUUUGUUAUUAUUUAAAUUGUAGCCAUAAUGAGCAAGUGUGCUGUGAUUGGAUGUAAAUCAGAACACAAUCCUUUUAAUACCAGUGUAACGUUUCAUCGUGUUACAAGAAAUAAGAAAUAUUUGCCGUUAUGGGAAAGAGUCGUAAAAAUAAAAUCGAAAUCAGUACAUGCCAAGAUAUGCAGCCUGCAUUUCAAGGAGAAGGAUUUUGUUGAAGGCAGAGGGAGCCGUGUCCUCAAGCCGGGUGCUGUACCAUCUAUAAAUAUAGUUGAAAAGGACAGUUCAACAGAUGACGAUGAUGACGAUGAAAAGUUGUCCUUGUUGAAGAAGGCUCUUGCAAGAAGCAAGGGAGUGUCUACCACUGUAGAUGCGGAGAAAACAACUCAGUCAGAUUCUGAUGAAUAUGAUCACAAUCCCAAUAUACCUCAGACCUUCCAAAUGGUGGUGCCAUGCACAUGUUGCAAUUCAGUCCAGUCUUCAAACUCGCUCAUCCAAAAACAAACUAGUAACAUGGGAGUACAAACCAAAAUGAAAACAAGUAAGGAAAUAUCACUACAAGCAAAAGUGAAACUCCUCGAGUUGAGACUCAGAAGGCGAGAUGCAAAAAUCAGCUACAUGCAAACAGUUUUAAACAUGGUUAAGAAACAUACUAAAGGCACUGACAUGGAGUACAAGUUAUGCUGUGAACUGCAGAAUAUUUCUGGGUUUUCAGAGACAAUUGACAGUAGUCAUAAGGAUAAAAGAAAAUGUAAUCGAAGUAAAACUAGAAAUGGUAGAGUUGAAAGUCCUAUUAGCGAAGUGUCAAGUGGAGAUGAAGAUGCCUGUACAUUUUUCGAAGUGGUCCAUAGUCCUAAUCUAAAGGCCUACAAUGGUUUCAGUUGAAAUCAGCUAAGUUACAAUCCUUAGAUUCUUUAACAAUAUUUUUAGGUGCUUGCCAUGCAUUUCACUUCAAUUAAUUUGGUAAUUUUCAUUUGGGAUGUGGUGCAGUAGUACAUCAUGAUAAAAUCUUUUUUAUAUUUUAAAUUAUUUUUGUUCCACACUUAUAAUAUUAUGAUAACAUUGAUAACAUCAUGCACCGUGCGUGCGUGUGUGGUGACACUUACAUUUUAUCACUGCAGUC